CUUUCUGCUGCUGUCAAUGUUUUUCAUUCAAGCAAAAAUUCAAUCGCAAGUGGAAAAAUGGUGACGACGGUUCGCGGAUUUGCGUUAUUUUGGUUGUGAAAAUUGCCCAGUUUCGGAGUUGAAAAGUGUGUGCGUGCUUAAAAACUGGUCCACUCCGGAGUGUCCGCGGGUUCGUCUUCGUGUGGGUCGUAACGUUGUACACAGGAAUCAAGCUAUUUUUCCAGGGGCAACCAGAAAAUACCAACUAUUUUGACUUCUAAUGUAAUAUAUUAUGGUAUCACGCUUCGAACGCCUAAUGGGGUGCGCCUCGAUCCCGCUCGGACAAAGCCCGCCCGAGGACGACAACACGCAAUGCUCGGGCCGGGGUGACUGCCUCAACGGAACCUGCCUCUGCGAGAUCCGCUACAGCGGGGACGAGUGUUCCGGGUUCAAUCUGCCGUACCAUGCCGGCAUUUCGUCCGUGUUUUACUUUGUCGCGUUCAUCUCGCUGGUCCAGCUGAUGAUCUGCAUCAUCGCCGAGUACCAGCGGCUCAAGCAGCCCAGCUUUCUGCGGGCCUGCCGGCUCACCACGCAGAAGCUGCUCUACUUUUUCGUCUUUAUCGCGUCGGUGCUGCGCGGGGCGUACUUUACCACACCGGAAACACUCCAACCGGCGUGGGUUUCUUAUCUUAUGUCGGCGUACUAUCCGCUCGUGAUGACCUGCGCCUCGCUUGUCGUCUGCCUGUGGGCUGAGAUUUUCCACCUGCGCGACAUCCGCUGGGAGCGGUCCCAGUUUCUGUCCAAGAGCUUUCUGGGCUUCCUGGCGUUCAACCUGUUGCCGUACAGUUUGUUCCUGGCGGAGAUUGCGUACUCGCACCUGUUUUCCGGCCGCAGCACCAACUUCUUCAACGGCUGUUACGCCGCCCUGCUGCUCAUCGUGGUCAUCUUCUUUCUCAUCUACGGCGUGGAGGUGUUUUUCAAGGUACGCGGCGGUUUCGUGUACGACUUUGGCACCGUCCCGAACAGCGAGAAUGUGAACGCCAGCCAGCUGCACCAGUCGCGCUUCGGGCUGCUCAGCCAGGCGAUUAUGCUGAUCGUCAUCAUCGGGUUUCUCACGUCGGAAACGUUGGGCGACUUUUGGAAGAAGAAGGUCCCCGUGUACUCCCGCAACUGGCACGACAUCGUGUUCCGGCUGGCGGAGGUUGGCGUCGCGCUCUGGUUCCCCUGCUGUCUAUGGAACUCGAUGGCCCCCGAACAGCUGUGGAUUCUGAAUCCACGCAAACUCCUGACGCGCCAAAUCGACCCCGUCGCGGGUUGUUCCGGUGCCGGUGGGUCCGCCGGCGACGAGCCGGAAGCGUCCACGUCCACCGCCGAGGAGGGCCAGUCGUUCCUGACGAAGAAGGACUGCUGGAUCUGCUACGACAGCGAAAAGCUCGAGCCGCUGAUCCAGCCGUGCAAGUGCACCGGGGACGUCAGCUCGGUGCACCACGAGUGCCUGCGGCGGUGGCUGGUGGAAAGCUGUGCCACCUCGGACACGGUGCUCAAGUGCAAGGUGUGCGAGUCGCCGUACGAGAUCGAGCGGUCCAAUCGCCUCGACUGGGAGAAGGGCUUCACGAUCCAGCACUGGGCCAAGACGAUCAUCAUCGUGACGCUGAUGUGCAUCACGGGCGCCGGCGCUUGGGUCAUCAUCCAGCUGAACGAGGACUCGUUUGUGCGCGUGCUCGUCGCCGGCUUCGCCAUCAUCAUCGGGUACAUCCUGUUCAAGAUGCUGGGCGAAAACACGGUGACGGCGAUCGAACGGGCCAAGGUCAGCUCGAUCAACAUUGUGACGUCGGCGUCGGAUCUGCACUCGGCCUCCACAAGUGGUGGCAGCGGGGUGCACGAAAAGCUCAACACGAUUUGUCAGGACGUGGAGUGCAAGUGAGCGAGGAGCGAACGAGUGUUGAUAGGUGAGAAAUAACAAACAAAAAAAAUAUCUGUGACUGAAACCCCCCCCAAUCGAAGCAAAGCAGAAAGGAAAGGACAUCAUCGUGAGUUUAGUUUUUUUUUUCUUUUUUGGUAGUCAAUAAGGAAUAGUUUAUCGAAUAAGUUGUUUGAAGGAAGAAGCUAUUCACAGUUUAGCUUGAAACGCUCACACACACACAUUUAUAAAUAUUUAACGACGACCCAAAACAAUACCUGAAACUUGUUUUAAGAGCAGCCGCGUCCUGCAAAGUUUGCGAAUAUUGCGACAACUCUCACACUUACACACACACACGUAUAUAAAUAGCUUUUUAUAUAUACUUUUAUAAGAGAUCAAAUGGCGAGUUUACACACAAAAUAACUGCAAAAGCAAGUCCCCUCAGAAAACAAAUCUAUUGUAAUUGUAAAAACAAAUAUUUAACAAAAUUGAGAGCGAAAAAUGUAUGCAUUUAUUGUUUCCAAUUGAGAUGCAACUGGGUUGAUAUUAAAAUUAGAGUCGUGAAAUUGCGAAAAACCAUAUUUACACACAUACACCGCACUGCACACAUACACACAAACUCACUCACUCACCCAACCCUCUGUUAAACUAGCCUUUUCUUUCUCUUUGCGUUAUGGUUGAUAUUAUCAAAAAACAAUUAAUAUAUAAUUAUUAUAUUUUGCGAUACUUAUUUUUUAAUCAAAUACACCUUAUUUGUAGCAUGUAAGUGAGAAAAAAGCGUGUGACGAAACUGAAACCGUACUACAUAUAUAUUUUGUAACGUGUUAGAAACUCUCCCCUUUUUUUGCUCUGCGAUAGUUUGUUUCAUGUGAAAAGUUUGUAGAAAUAUUUUCUAUAUAAUCUAAUCGCGCGUGUGUUUUUUUUUGCAUUCACCAGAUCAAACAGAGAAAAAUAAACAAUUGAUUAGUUAACGAUCAGGAUUGUUUCGAAGGAAGGACGAAGCCAACUAACAAUUAUAGAGAAAACAAUUAAGCAAAAAAAAAAAAACAAACAACAAAUCAAGUGAUUGGGAGCGAACGCGGUGAUUGAGUCGAUUUCCUCCCGGAAAGUUUCGUUUGGUUAGAAUAAAAUUAGAGGCACCAAAAAAAAAAAUCAUUAAAACCGCGCCAAGUGUGAUAUCAAAUGGCAAAUAGGGCUAGUAGGUCAAUUUUAUUCGCGUGAAAACGAAAAAGAAGUCUAGUUGUGAUCUCGUAGGAAAAGGCGGAAAACGAAAAGUGAGUUUAGGAAAAAUCAACGGGAAGGAAAUCGAUCGCUCAUUUGGUAGACGUUUAAGUUUAGAAAAAAAAGAAAACCACGGAAUGUUGCGCCAAACGUAAAAUUAAACUGAUUGCACAAACCAGGAGAGGCAAAACAGUUCUGGUGUUAAGCACCACCAACACACCCCCUUCCCCUUGUGUGAGUUGAUUGAAUGUGAUGAAAAAACAAAGCAAAACAAGAAAAAUCUAACCCCUUAGAAAGUGUAAAAUUGUAACGAGAAAAAACUAAAAUAAUUUGCCAAAAAAAAAAACAAACAAACAGUAACCUGGGUUUGGAUUUGACUAGAGGAGGCAGCGUGAACAAACAAACAUUUUUCGUUAGUGAAAGUAACUCAAUUGGCAAAAUAAAAAAGAAAAACAGAGAAAACACACACAUAUUGCUCCAAGAGAAAAGUUUUAAAAUGUGAGGAGAAGAGGAAAAAAACAAAAAAUACGAGAUUAUCGCAGCAGAAGGAAAAAAAGCAUACAAAAAUCUACGAGAAUGAGCAAACUUGAUUCACAUAUUUAAAAAAAUAAAUAAUUCUUGAAUCAUGAAAA